ACAACCGGCAAUGAACACUACAAUGCCAAUGCAUGGGAAGCUGUAGAGCGGCGGACUGUAUAACUUUGGCAAUUCACGGUAGUAGCAGAGAUAAGGAAAUCUGCAUGUUUGCUGUCGGAUAGUCUGGGCAUCCCUGACCCUUCAGGUGGCUGGGUGCUGCUGCAGGGGCGUAUUUAGGCGCUGGGUUUGAACCUUCUUGCACAUCAGAUGCAUUACUUCUUGUCCACCCCCCAGGCGCAUUGAUUUCCUAGCACCUGUCAACAACGAAACACCAUACUUUCUGCUCGAAAGGAAAAUGUCCACAGGGUCAGAUCGCACUGGCAGCGCCACUGCGUCAGAGACUUCGGACUAUGAUGGUAAACUUGACGAAGGAGUGCUUUCAGCGCUUCCCCAUAACAGCAGAGUCUUGUCUGUUACUCCGUCAGGAGCCAGUGCAUGGGGUGAGACCAUGCGUAUAGAAUGCGAGUUGGAAGACGGCACCUUGAAAGACUUCUUUAUGAAGUGUGCUACUGGCGGAACCAAUCGCCGUAUGAUGGAAGGUAGUUUCGAGUCCGAGGCGAUCUUUCACCACUACGCCCCCGAGAACAUCCCCGAGCCUAUCGCCUUCGGUCACUACGAAUCAAGCCCCGACACAUGGUUCUUCCUUGCCCAAUUCUUUGACAUGGUCGACGAAGUCCCGGAACCAGGCCAGUUCAUUCCCCUAAUUGUGAAAAUCCACAUGCGUAGCAUGGGAGAGUCACCCGACGGCAAGUAUGGUUUCCAUGUGCCCACACAUUUGGCCAACCUUCCCAAUGAUAAUAGCUGGCAAACUACGUGGGAGGCCUUUUUCACCCAACUGAUGAGAAAGAUGUUUGAGCUCGAGGAGCUAUCUCAUGGCAAAGAUGAGAGACUUGAUUUCCUGAAAACUUCUCUGUGCACCAAAGUCAUUCCACGACUGUUGCGGCCUUUGGAAACCGACGGUCGAUCUAUUCAACCAUGCCUUGUGCACUCUAACAUUUGGCCUGGAAACAUGAUGCUGGAUGUGGAGACAAGUGAUGUCAUUCUGUUUGACUCCUGCGCAUUCUGGGGUCACAAUGAGGCUGACCUGGGGACCUGGCGGGCCCCGAGAUACAAAUUGGGUCGACCAUACUUCGAGGAGUACCAACGUGCUAUACAGAUUUCAGAGCCUCAAGAGGACUGGGAUGACAGGAACGCUCUAUACGCGAUACGUUACGAUCUCCUGGUGUCAGCCCUUUUCCCAGAUGAGAGCGGCCUAAAAUUCAGGGAAAUGGCAAUGCUUGAGAUGGAGAGGCUCGUUCAGAAAUAUCCACUAGGUUAUGAGGGCUGGAAAAGCUCCGCUGUUUUGUGAACGUCAUGUAGAAAACACAUGGUAGUUGCGCUUUCCGUUGCCAGUUGAAGCCUGGAAUUGGCAAAUCGUCGUGAUGCUAGAAAUCGAGUUUGCGAGGGAUUUCAAGCACCGGUUGUCUGAGACUGUACCUAUGAAGAUAUCAAUCUAC